GCAAGUGAGCGUGCAAGAUAAAGAGAGAAAGAAGGAACGAAAGAGAGAGCGCGGCGCCCCUUGCCUCCGUUUUCAGUGCUUCAGUCGCGCGACGACGCUCUCGGACGCUUUAGUCAGUCGGUCGGUGACGAAGCUCCCAAACGUGAUAUACGCGCCGUUACGUUACGUUACGUUACGCCGUUCCGUCGAAGGGGAGAACGAGAGCGAACGAAACAGAGAGAAACAGAAGAGAAGACGAACGAACGAAAUUGUAUCAGUUGAAACAGAUACGCGAACAAAGAAAAAAGAAGAAAUACGAACAUCGCGAGCGACGACUUUGACGGUUACAAGUCGUGUUCUUAAAAACACGAAUCUCUACGAACAGUUCCAACCAGUGCGAAUAUCGAGAAGGCCAUUUUCAUAGCACGGCUUUACACGCGGUGAAAGAAAGCGCGCGAGUGAGAGACUGAUCGACAAGAAAAGGACGUGCGAUUGUGGACACGAGAUUACGACGAGUAGUAGCCCACACAUUUUCAGUGUACGAACAACACUCACGUCGUGCGUUCCUCGUACACACGCGCGCACAGAGGACUGGACGAAAAAGGAAGAAGACAGAAACGAUCACCGGCGAAGCGACGAUUUUAUUUUUGUACGGUGCAUCGUUGUUUUUCCUACAUACAUUUCCCCGUGACCGCGCACGAGAAGAGUAGAUCGCUCAGUCUCUUGGUGUAGCGGCACUGUAGUUCUCGUCCUAAAUAAUCUAGUGUGUGUGGUGUGGACUCGCGCGCGCGUGUGUUUCGUUGUUUUUCGAUCGUUCGAGUUAGACUUUAUCGUGAGAAACACCUCUCUGUUCGAUACGGUUUAACCUUUGAUUAUCGACAAGUCAUUCUAGAACAACGUACGUAAGGAAAAGAAAAAAAAAAGACACGGGCUGUGAAGAAAGACUAUUAUUAUCAAAGGAAAAAUAGUGAAAAUCGGUGAAUAAAGAUACUGUGAUUUACUAUCUGUGCGAACGUAUUCACAUAUAUACAGUUGCGACACAGUUGCCGGUGCGACACAACGCGAUAUUUAAUCGAGCGAUAUGCCGACGAGUUUGUUCAGCGAAAUGGAUCGCGGAGCUAAUGGCGGUGGAACCGCUUCCCUCGAAGACCAGAGAGCUUUACAAUUGGCGUUAGAAUUAUCUAUGCUUGGUCUCGAGGGUACUCCCGGAUGUCCGGGCACUGGUACAGGAACCGGCACCGGAACGGCCAACGAUCCGGAUCCUUUGCAAACGACACCGGCAGGCGUUUUCGAGGAAGCACGUUCUAAGAAGAGCCAGAACAUGACCGAAUGCGUGCCGGUGCCUAGCAGCGAGCACGUGGCAGAGAUCGUCGGCCGACAAGACUUGCUGUAAAAAUGAGGAAGAAGAAGAAGAGGAAGAAGAAAAAGAAGAAUCCUCUACGUAGUAACAACCUUCAAACAAUUCAAGGUCCUCCAAGGAAACAACGACUCUACUUGAUUGUC